AUGUCAAAAUAAAGAAAGAUAUUUAUUAAAUUAAUUUGUAGAGAGAUGUCUAAUUAGGUUAAUUUUGGAGAGGGAAAAAUUAAUGAGAAUUACCCAUCAGCCAUAAAGACAAUGUUGGAAUAGGGCAAAGAUCCUAAGGAUUUACUUAUCUAAUAUUGCAGACCUUAGUGUAAGUGGUACGAUGACAAAUAUGACAGAUGUGUGAAAGCAUUCUUGUCUUUGAAAAAUGCUGAUCCUGAAAAGAAUUGCAUGUAUCCAUACAGGGAUUUAGUGACUUGUGUCGAGGCUUGUGUAUAGCCAAAAAUUCAACAUGCUCUCAGAGGAAAUGAAAAUGGUUUCAUAUUUCAUUGAGGUUGGGGAGAAACAAGAUGAGCUAUUAUAUAUAUACAGAUUACAAUUACCCAUUAUUUAAUUAAA